AUGCAAAUGGUCAAGGAUGUUCUAGCCAACAGUGAUAAAGUUUCAGAGGUCCUACAAGAGUCUACUCAUCAGUUCAACCUGCUUACUUCACCCACCUUCCUACCAAAGGUCAAGGAUCAAGGGAAAUUCACUCUCCCUUGCACACUUGGGCAUCUUGAGAUUGACAAUGCCUUAGUGGAUUCUGGAGCAAGCAUCAAUCUGAUCUCUCUCUCCAUGGCAGAGAAGCUAGGCAUAGCUGGAGCCUUGCAGCGCCCUACUACUUCAAUCAUCUUUGGAGAUGCAACUAUCUAA